AUUAAUUAAUUGCCUUUCCUUUCUGCUGUUGUGUGGUGUUGUAUUCAUCUCUGUAUAAUGUUUUUGUGAAUUGUUCAGGAGAUGGGAGCUUGCUGUUGUAGCCUACAGUCAAGCAGGAGAGCUCACAUUGUUAGUGCUUAUGGCUUUGGGACGACAGAGCCGCUCCUGAAAGAGACAGAGAGAGAAGCAGUCAAUGCUAUACUUAAAUUCCUUGAUUCUGACUCCUCUCCUGCCGCCCGUAGACUCAGCACUGAUAGACUAGAAUCACUCAGGACACUAGCAUAUUCUGACAAUGUUGAACUACAGAAAUCAGCUGCACUCUGCUAUUCAGAACUGAGUGAAAAUUGGUCAGAUCCAGUGACCAUACAAUUCCUGGAGCCUAUAAUCCAACUUCUUCUUUCACCUGAUAUUGGUAUUCAGAAAGCAUCAUCUCUGGCUAUAAGUAAUUUAGCUCUGAAAGGACCUGUUGAAAAUAAGAAUACAAUAGUACGAGCUGGUGCUCUCUCCUCUCUCAUUAUCUUACUCAAUUCUCAAGACCCCGAGGUCCAGUGCAAUACAUGCGGUUGCAUCACUACACUAGCCACAACCGAAUCAAAUAAGAGAGAGAUUGUAGUCCAGGGAGCUAUACCUCCUCUACUGAAACUGGCUCAUGUGAGAGACCCUAAGGUUCAGAGGAAUGCAGCCGGAGCACUCUUGAACCUUACUCACGUUGAGUCUAACAGACAGGAUUUGGUUCAGUCUGGAGCUGUUGCUGUAUUCAUUAAAUUGUUAGAGUCUCAAGACAUUGACGUUCAGUUUUAUUGUGCAGCUGCUCUCAGUAAUAUUGCCGUGAGCGGUGAACACAGACAGGUAAUCAUUAGGUACAGUGAUGGGAAAGUCAUCAAAGUUCUCAUAUCGCUAAUGAAAUCACUAUCAGAAAAGGUUUGCUGUCAAGCUUGUUUAGCCAUUAGGAACUUAGCAUCUGAUGAGGAGAAUCAGGAUAAGAUAGUUGAGUGUGGUGGGCUGGAUGCAUUAGUGCCAUUACUCUGGAGCGGUGACACUGAUACAGUGACUGCUGCAGUUGCUGCUCUCAGAAACUUAUCAAUUAUGAAAGGAAAUGAAAUACAUAUUGUUAAAAGUGGAGCACUGGUGGAGCUCUCAAGGUUACUAUCGCUACAGGAGCAGUCUGAGAUACAGUGUCAUGCAGCUGGUACCAUACGUAACCUUGCAGCUGAGGAGCAACAUGUUGCUAUAAUUGAAGCUGGUUGUCUCACUGCACUAGCCGAGAGAUUAAGAGACUCUAAACAUGUUCCUGGUGACGUUUUGUCUGAAAUAUCAGCUGCUAUGGGGGUGCUGGUAUCAAAUAGUAUUGCACGCAAGCAAUUGAUGUCACUGUACAAUGGCGACUUUCACAAGGUCCUACUCAAACUAACUGACUCCCCUCACAGAGAGGUACAGUAUAACUGUGCAGGGAUCAUAGGGCACCUGGCAAUGAAUGAGGAGUAUCACUCUGUGUUACUGAAUGAGGAGCCAUCAGCUAUUGACUGUAUGCUAAAGCUACUCGAUCAGAACGACUCUUCGUUUAUACACUUGGCACUAUGGGUCAUAGCACAGUUCUCUAAUGGAAGUAAGAGUACAAGAGCAUUGCUAAGGAAGUCUGUACUGAUUGAUAAAAUCAUUGAACUAAAAUCAAAAAAAUAUAACACAGAGAUAUCACAACUUGCGGAAUCGGCAUACAACAAUCUACAAGCUCAAUAGUCUAUUAUUAGUCAUUUCACAAGUUUUUAUUAUAAAUUUUAUCAAAACUUAUCAAGUUAUUCGAGCCCCUUCCCCCCCUGACUUGUGAUUAAAUUUUGUCUACUCCUAUUUUAUAUCAUAUAUUCUUGUCUCUCUUCCUCUCUCUCUCUCUCUGUAAUAUUUCAUGACAAAUCAGUGUGAUUAUGUGUGAAAAGUCAAUGUUUGUUUAAUUAAAA